CUCCCAUAAACUGACCAUCCCCCCACCUCUCCCGUUCCCUUCCCCCACUCUAGCCCGCUGGCCGCAGGAUGGUGCCUGGAGAAGAUGGCGGACACCGAGGAGCUGCGGAAUAUGGUGUCAAGCUUUCGGGUCUCAGAGCUUCAAGUGCUUUUGGGCUUCGCCGGGCGAAACAAAAGCGGGCGCAAGCACGACCUUCUUAUGCGGGCCCUCCAUUUAUUAAAGAAUGGCUGCAGCCCUGCUGUCCAAAUUAAAAUCAAGGAACUCUACCGACGACGCUUUCCGAGGACCCUCGACGGAGUGACGGGAUUAGCGCCCAUCAGGUCCAAUGUUUUCAAUCUGGACAGCAGUGCCCCGGUGGAUCCGGACUUGGCAGUUAGUGGGAUGCACUCCCUGCCUUCCACCUCCGUUUCACCUUGUUCCCCCGCAUCCCCUCUGGGGUCUGUACUGCUGCAGGACACCAAAGCUCCAUUUGAGAUUCAGCAGCUGUCCCCCUCGAUUCCUCCUGUGCACCCAGAUGUCCACCUUAAGAGUCUUCCGUUCUACGAUGUGCUCGAUGUUCUGAUUAAACCCACAAGCUUAGUGCAGAACACUCUUCAAAGAUUUCAAGAGAAAUUUUUCAUCUUCGCAUUGACCCCUCAACAGGUGCGAGAAGUUGUCAUCUCCAGAGAUUACAUGCCAGGUGGCAGAAGAGAUUACUCAGUCCAGGUCCAGCUAAGGUUAUGUUUAGCAGAGACUAGCUGUCCUCAAGAGGAUAACUAUCCGAGCAGCCUGUGCAUUAAAGUUAAUGGGAAGCUGUUUCCUUUGCCGGGAUGUGCUGUGCCACCGAAAAAUGGCGUUGAGCAGAAACGACCCGGUCGCCCCCUCAACAUUACCUCACUAGUUCGGCUGUCAUCUGCUGUUCCAAACCAGGUUUCCAUUUCGUGGGCUUCUGAAAUCGGGAAGAAUUACUCCAUGUCUGUCUACCUUGUGCGCCAGUUGACAUCGGCGGUGCUGCUCCAGAAGCUGAAAAUGAAAGGAAUUAGGAAUCCAGACCAUUCCAGGGCACUCAUUAAAGAGAAACUCACUGCAGAUCCAGACAGUGAAAUUGCUACCACCAGCCUGCGGGUGUCGCUGAUGUGCCCUCUUGGGAAAAUGAGGCUGACCAUUCCCUGCCGAGCUGUGACCUGCUCUCACUUGCAAUGCUUCGACGCUGCUCUGUAUCUGCAAAUGAACGAGAAGAAGCCGACAUGGAUUUGUCCCGUGUGUGACAAAAAGGCCAGCUAUGAAAGCCUUAUUAUAGAUGGGCUCUUUAUGGAGAUCCUUAACCAGUGCUCAGAUGUGGAUGAGAUCAAGUUCCAACAGGACGGCUCUUGGUGUCCCAUGAGGCCCAAGAAGGAGCCAAUGACCUCUCCAAGCACACAAUAUCCCCACAUUGAAGGGGCAGGCGUAAUCAGCAAAAUCUGCUCUGCAGUAGAAGGUGGCGAGACGACCAGAAAGAACAAAGCAGAAGUCAUAGAUCUGACGCUUGAAAGUUCAUCGGAUGACGACGAGCCGCCGGCCAAGAAGGAGUGCGUGUACCUGACAGAAUCACAGGAGGCGGCCAUGAAAGGGGUCUUGUCAUAUCAGCCGUCAUCAAUAAGAGUCGGAAAAGUCGCUGGCAUUGAGUCGGAGCCCAUGCAUCCCUCCAUGGCAGGGUACGCGGACCAUUUCCAUCACCCGGCCAUCGCUGGAAUAUCCGCAGAGUUACCAGGUCUGGAUUUCCUCUCUCUUGUUUCAAUGGAUCCUCAGCAGUACUAUCCCCCUAUGUUUUUGGAUAGUCUCACCUCGGCAAUGCCAACAAGCCACGUAACUGGCAAGCCUCGAACCUGGAGCAGCCGCCAUGAAAGCCACUCGAGCGAGGAGAACGACUUGCCACCGAGUCCGAACGCUUCUAGAGAGUUCCAGCACAUUCACAUGCCUCCAGAUUCGUGACAGCAACGCCCCCCCUUAUUUAUUCAUUGACCCCCAGUGUGCUGGGAGAGACUUGGUGGAGAAAAGGACCUUUUUUUUUUUUUUUUUUUUUUAUUGGUGAACUGCUGAACCAAGCACGCAAAUAUAAAUGGCACUAGUACCGGGUCCCUCCGGAUCUGCAGUUUUGUUUGAUGUUUUGCAGGAUGCAUAUGCACAGGUCUGUAAAUACUUUGCUCUUCUACCCAGAAGGAAAAAUGUAUAUAUGUAUUUUUAUAAAUAAAGACCAGGUCUGAACACUGGGCUUCUCUGGUAUCCCGAGAUGUAAAGAGAAGAUAUGCCCUGCUCCCA